UGCUGCGAAUCUCCGACGAACGUUGUUUUGAAUUUACCGGAUUGACCCUAGUCUAUAAAUACCCUCCUCCGUUCCUUUCUCUUUCGUCGACUCCUUCAGCGAACGCUCCCUCUUUCGUCUCAUACGAAACUUCUCACCUCUGACGCUGAUCCAGCUAGAGCUCGGGUUAGGGUUUCGAAGGCGAUCGCCAUGUCGCUGCAGGUAAGGACAGUGAAAGUCAGCAAUGUUUCUCUCGGUGCUACUGAACAAGAUAUCAAGGAGUUCUUUUCCUUCUCUGGUGAUAUCGAAUAUGUUGAGAUGCAAAGUGGGGACGAGUGGUCACAGAUUGCAUUUGUUACCUUUAAGGAUUCACAGGGAGCAGAGACUGCAAUUCUUCUUUCAGGUGCGACAAUAGUUGAUCUGUCUGUCAUCAUUACACCAGCCCCAGAAUACGUGCUACCUCCGACAGCCAUAGUUGCCUCAGUGGAUAAAGAUGUGAAUCCCACAGGACACCCUGAAUCUGCCGUCCAAAAGGCUGAAGACGUUGUCACCAGCAUGCUCGCCAAGGGCUUCAUCCUAGGUAAAGACGCUGUCGGCAAAGCCAAAGCUUUUGACGAGAAGCACCAGUUCACAUCCACUGCCUCUGCGAAGGUCGCCUCCCUCGACAAAAAGAUUGGGCUGAGCGAAAAGGUUACCAUGGGCACUUCAGCGGUCAGCGAGAAAGUCAAAGAAAUGGAUCAGAAGUUUCAGGUCUCUGAAAAGACUAAAUCGGCCUUUGCAGCUGCUGAGCAGAAAAUGAGCAGUGCAGGUUCUGCUAUAAUGAAGAAUAGGUAUGUUUUUACCUCGGCAUCGUGGGUCACUGGUGCUUUCAAUAAGGUUGCUAAGGCUGCGACUGAUGUGGGCUCGAAGACAAAGGAGAAGGUUGUGGCUGAAGAAACACAUCAUAAGGGAUUGGAGGAGAACUUUGCUCAAGUUCAUCUGUCUGAGCCCCCAAAAUAUGCACCUGAGGAGCCUCCUUCAAAAGCUGCAUCUGGCGAGCAUGCAUCAAAGCCUGCACCCGCUGAAGGUUUGAUACUAUGAUUUCAUGUUAGCGUUCGACAUAAGUUCUGUUAGGAUUGGUCAUCUCCUGGUUUCAUGGUGAUGCUGUGAGAUUGAUGACUGCCAAGUACUCUGUCUUUUAGAUGUGCUUUGGUUUUUUUAUGAGAUUGAACCUCUGGCGUCUCUUGGUAUGGCUACCUGUUUGUUAAUUACUUUGGUGUCAAAGUAUAGGAAGAGUUUCCUUAUUUUUUUUUUUAAAUCGGACCAGUUGUUAUACAUGAAUGGUGUAAUUAAUGGUCUCUUGCCUUCUCUUUCUUUC